UCUGAAAUUACAGAAGGAGAAAGCGUGGCAACCCUGACACUCCGCCCAGCUGACGGGGCUGGACAGCAGGACACCGAGCGCUAGCUGCACGGCCAGCACGGAGGCGCUGCUGACGCUGGUUAUUCUAUCCCGGCACGACCUGGCCCCGGGCCGCUGGCAGCAGAGGGAUCCCCCGGGGCUCCGCUCCCUCAGGGAGCUCCCGCCGCCCGGCCCCGCGCUGUCCCCUCACGGAGCUCCCGCCGCCCGGCCCCGCGCCUGCGCAGUGCGCGCGGCGCCAUCCGGGUCCCGGCGCGGCCAUGGCGACGGUGGCGGAGCUCAAAGCAGUUUUAAAGGACACCCUGGAAAAAAGAGGAGCUCUUGCCCAAAUCAAGGCGAGGAUCAGAGCUGAAGUGUUCAAUGCCCUGGAGGACCAGAGCGAGCCGCGGCCCACGCUGUCCCGGGAGAACCUCCUGAUCAAUGAGCUCAUUCGGGAGUACCUGGAGUACAACAAGUAUAAAUACACAGCAUCCGUUCUGACGGCAGAAUCUGGCCAGCCUGAAGUGCCCCUGGAUAGACAAUUUCUUGCCAAAGAGCUGAAUAUAGUUGAAGAUGCAAGUGGAAAAUCAGUCAGACCUCUCCUGUAUGGAAUUCUCUCACAUUUCUUGCAUGGUGGUAAAGAAGAAAGUACCCAGAAUAUCCUUCCAAAAGUGUCCUUGCUGAAUUAUCCAAAGCAGAACCUUGGCAAACCAGCUGCUGAGAGAAACCAAAAAGGUGUGUGCAGUAUUAUUUUUGCAAACGUUUAUCUGUGACCAGAUUUCCUAUGCCAUGGAUAUGCUUAUAUUAGCACAGCCAUGCAGCUGGACACGUGUAGCUCCUUCUCUGUGCACGGAGUGCUUUCAUCUGACACCAGAUGGCUUUACCCUAAAUGUUCAACUGGCCAAAUUGUACUCCCUUACAUUAUUACAAACCUGAAAAGGGUCAGCUAGAGACAGUCUCACUAUACUGGGAAUUCGAUACAAUAUUUUAACCUAAAUUCUCAAUAAAAUAAAUAGUGAGCAUAUCUCUGUUUCUCAUCUGGUCUAACCUAAUUUCUAUAGAAAGUUCUUAACUCUUUAGCUGUCAGUUCUUUACAUGGGCAUAAACUUCUUCUGAGAACAAAACUCAUAUCCUAUUUGCCACAAAAGCUUAAACCCAAAGUUCAUUGCUCUACAGUAAACACUGCUAAACCUUACUUGCCUUUUCUGGUCUGCUUUUGGAGUGGUUACAAUUAAUACCACCUAAGCUAGAGAACAAAAAGGUUCAUUGGCCCAGCUUUUUCCUUCAAAGAGUCUGCUUGGCAUAUUGCUUCAUUUUUUACUGUGAAAAUUUAUUACUCUCCUGUUAAUUUCAUGGUUUGGUUUGUAUCCAAACAUUUCAAAAGUAUGAAGCCUGAGAUUUUACUGAUAUCCGAAAAGGGUGAGAAGUACUAACAGGUUUUUAACAGUUAAUUUACUGAGACAAUUACGUUUUUCUUCUGCCAGAAGAGGGGGCUGAAGAAACAAAAUUUCCAUACCAAAACUACUAUAAAUUACUUGUUUGUUAGAAAACAGUUAUUCCUAUCAGAAAUUUCUCCAUUUUUAAAACAAACUGAAUGUCUAGGAGAAUUGUUUUUAAAGUAACUUUUGUUUCUGCUGACUCUGCAGGGUCACCUUGCCCUGUUGACUUCAAUAUAACUUCACAUGGAGAUUUAAUUGGUUACAGUUAGUUACAGAACUCAGGAUCAAUCAUGAGACACAACAGCACAUUGCUUUUUUAGAACUAAACAAAAAACUAAAUUUUUAAGGCUUUGAACCUUUAAGUAAAUAUAUUCUGAAAUUACUGUCUGCAUGUGUCUGUGGAGCAUGUUAGUUGAGACCUAAAGGCAGUGGGUUUAAAAUACUAAUUAUCCAACUGUGUUCAUUAGGCUGCAUAUUCAUAAACUCAACCUGCCAAGUCUCUUAUUUAACAUCUGACUUGCUUUUCACUUUAGAAAUUAUCUGGUUUAUUUAGAUGUAUGAGUAUCCCAGCAGACUGGGGAUCCUGAUAAAAGGUGUGAAAUCUGGUGUUUCUUUACCUCAUUCUCUACAGCUGAGUUGGAAGUUGUCUGAAAUCCACUCUCAGUAAUAUAAAGCUUUUAUCUCCUACAACUGCAUGGAAACAUUUAUCUGUAAAAUUUCCUAAGUUCCCCAUGAUGAUAUUGUACAUCCAAGUUGGUAAUAGUAGAAGGUAACUCACCUUGGACCUCCAGAUGCAUGAGAAUAUUUUUGUCUGUGUUUC